UCAGGUAAGAGGACCGGGGCUGUGAGGCGGCACACGGAGGGGGAACUCUGAGGGAGCAGGAUCGCAUCAUGGACCCCGCCAGGAAAGCAGGUGCCCGGGCAGUGAUCUGGACCACGGGUUGGCUGCUGCUGCUGUCCAUGCUGCUUCAAGGAGCUCAGGCCCUGGAGUGCUACAGCUGCGUGCAAAAAGCCGACGACGGGUGCUCCCCGCAGAAGACCAAGACCGUGAAGUGCGCGCCGGGCGUGGAAGUCUGCACGGAGGCCGUGGGCGCGGUGGAGACCAUCCACGGGCAAUUCUCGGUGGCAGUGCGCGGCUGCGGGUCCGGACUCCCGGGCAAGAAUGACCGCGGACUGGACCUCUUCGGGCUUCUGGCCUUCAUCCAGCUGCAGCAGUGCGCCCAGGACCGCUGCAACGCCAAGCUCAACCUCUCCACGCGAGCGCUCACCCCCGCAGGUAACGAGAGUGCGUACGAGCCCAACGGUGCCGAGUGCUACAGCUGCGUGGGGCUGAGCCGCGAGGCGUGCCAGGGCGCCGCGCCGCCCGUCGUGAGCUGCUACAACGCCAGCGACCGCGUCUACAAGGGCUGCUUCGACGGCAACGUCACCCUGACGGCAGCCAAUGUGACCGUGUCCUUGCCCGUCCGGGGCUGCGUCCAGGACGAGUUCUGCACCCGGGACGCGGUGACGGGCCCCGGCUUCACGCUCAGCGGCUCCUGCUGCCGGGGGCCCCGCUGCAACGCAGACCUCCGCAACAAGACCUUCUUCUCCCCGCGCAUCCCGCCCCUGGUCCUGCUGCCCGUCCCUCAGACCACCGCUCCGGCCACCACCUCCACCACCUCCCCGCUCACCACGACCUCCGCCCCCAAAGCACCGACCAAGCGCGUCUCCUCCACCGUCUCCACCACCCAAUCCAGCCCCGCCUCCGCCAGCCAGACCCCGCCCAAGGCCGUGGAACCCCAGACCGCGCACCGAGAGGGGUCCGGCUUGGCCGGAGGCGCUGCCGGCCACCAGGACCGCAGCAACAAGGAGCAGUACCCCACGAAAACGUGGGCCCACAAUCAAGGCUCGGCGGCGCCCUCGGCCGGGCUGGCGGCUCUCCUGCUGGCUGUGGCUGCUGGCAGCCUCCUCUGAGCCUCUCCACCCGGGAGCCUCCUCCCUGCCCUCCUGCCCUCGCCCUGGGGCCCCGCUCCUCCCUCUCCCGCCACUGGACUGGGCUGGCCCAGCCCCCCCCCCCCCGCCCCCCGUUCUUCCAUUGACCUCAGUCCCCAGCUUCCGCUGCGCUGGUCUGCGGCUUCGGGAAAGAAAGGGGCCCUUGUACAUAUCCUCCUGGGCGUCCUAGCUUUUUGAGGCAGCAAAUGUGUCCCCCUCCUCCGACUCUCCCCCUUGUCGUCAUGGUGACGAGAGUAGUUGGAAUUGUCACAGGGACCGUGGGAGAGACAACGGGGAGCUUCCCCAUCGCCGCCCCGGAAGAUGGGGGGCAGAGUGGGAUAGCGGGUCCCUCCUCUGCGGGCUGCGGGCCCCGCCCCGCCUCUCCGUGGGAAUGGUCUCGGCCGCCGCCUUCCUCACUGGACUGUGAGCUCCUCAAGGGCAGGGACCGCGCCUCGGGCCUCUGUGUGGUCCGGUUCUGGAACAGAAAGGCCUCAAUAAAAGUUGGAUUGCUUUGUACAGCGUU